GGCAAAAAUUACAGUGGAAUUCGGUGUUCUCCAUGGGGCUGUUUGCUUGGUGUUUCGCUGGCUUUUGGUCCGCAAUGCCCCUUUUGGGAUGGGGGGCAUAUGAUUAUGAGCCUCUGAGGACCUGUUGCACUUUGGACUAUACCAAAGGAGACAGAAAUUACAUCACGUUUCUUAUUCCUCUGGUGCUGUUCAAUUUUGUGAUCCCACUUUUCAUCAUAUUAAUGUCCUAUCAAUCCAUUGAUAACAAAUUCAGGAAAACAGGACAGCUGAAGUUUAAUACUAGUUUGCCAGUGAAAUCUUUGGUCUUUUGUUGGGGUCCAUACUCACUUUUAAGUAUCUAUGCUGCAGUUGAAAAUGUGGCACUCGUCUCCCCCAAAAUCUUAAUGAUUCCUGCUCUUGUUGCCAAAACUUCACCGACCAUGAAUGCCUUCAUUUACGCCUUGGGGAAUGAGAAUUACCGAGGAGGAUUGUGGCAGUUUCUAACAGGAGAAAAAAUUGAGAAACCCAAAAUUGAUGACAAAAUUAAUUAAUUCACGUUCUAGACAGGCCCAACCUUAAAAAAGAUCCCAUGUGACGAUGAAGAGAGGGGAAUGUAUACAUUUCCUAAGGAGAGACAGAAUUGGCUCCUGCUCCCUCCUGGGUUUCUUGCUACGCAAUGUGUCCCCUGAUCCUUCAUUUACACCCCAUAUGUCUUCCACAUAUGACCACAAUUUAGACCAUAAUAUCUGCUGC